AUGGACACUGAACCGCCAACUGUCUUCGGCGCACACCUGAAGAAGUACUUCAACAAAAAAUCUCUUUCUGAUGCCGUUAUCCGAUGCGGAGGUCAAGAGUUUCCGAUACAUCGAAUCGUCCUCUGCAGCCAUUCCGAAUACUUUAUCAAACAGCUAGAUGGACCAUGGAAGGAGAGCUCCGAGGGAGUCAUUGAAAUUGUCGAUUUUGAUGCCAGCUUGGUAAAAGCGAUGAUUUACUUUACGUAUCAUCUGAACUACGAUGUACCGUAUGGUAGCUCUGCCAUGGCCUUCAACGCAGGGAUGUAUCAAAUUGCAGACAAAUAUGCAAUGAGCGCCUUGAAAAGAUAUGCCCACGGGGAAUUCAGCAUUUCGAUCAAAGAGUGCUGGGAGGACGUCGCAUUACCAGACGUAAUCAGCUUGGUGUAUACUUCGACACCUUCCAGUGACAGAGGACUGAGAGAUACAGUGGUGGGUACUUCGCUUGUUCACCUGAAUAUCCUGAUGGACCGGGACGAGUUCAGGGCUGAAUUGGCGUCAAAUGCGGAUUUUUCGAUUGAUAUCAUUCGAUUUCAAAGCAAGAGGUCUUGGGGUCAACAACAUUAUGAUUGCGGAAAUUGCAAGACGGCAUUCUACAUGGUGGAAUCUGAUGGUCUUGAUGAACGUUACAGGGCAAAGCAUUGUCCUAGAUGUCGGGCAGUGUGUUACUAA